GCCAGAUCAAUGACGAAAAUAGCGUCAUGGUGCGAAUAUGGCCUGUGGGAAGCGAUUGCUCUCGUCUGUUCGAGCGUUUGGAUUAAUGAGGGAGAAACUCAGCAGUUGUGGAUGUCGUAAUCUGAAAGUUGACGCGAUGUCUGUGGUCACCUUCCUACGCUGGACCACGAGAACAAGCAGUAAACCUGUUGCUGUGCAGAUGCUCCAGAAGAGGGCACUCUCUGGGACAGAGGCCAUCACUGCACUGCGCCCCUUCUACUUUGCAGUGCACCCAGACUUCUUUGGCCAGCACCCCAGGGAGAGGGAGGUGAAUGAGAACUCUCUGAAGAGGCUCAAUGGCUAUUUGGAGAACCUUCAGAAGCCAGGCUUUCGCACCCUCAAACCAACCAAGCUGACCUUUUAUGUCAGGGAAACGACAGAGAGAAAAGAUGAGAUUCUUUCAUCAGGUUUCCGUUCUGUCAGCUUCACGCUGAACACCAAGGAUGUCCUCAGCACUGUGCAGGACGUGCUCCGCUCCUGCAGCCUGUCCAUGGAGCACAUGCAGGGUCUGGAGUCCAGCGCCGGACCAGAUGGGCGCCCCCCGCAGGCCGGAGGAGCCUUCUACAGACCUAUCAGAUGGGAUAAGACGUACUACGCCUUCACUGGGUACAGGGACCCUGAGCAGGAGCUUGAACAGGCCAAGAGAGUGGAGCCCACACUCAGCCUGUGGUUGAGGAACAAUGAGGCGGAGGCCGCAGAGAAGCAGAAGAGCAGCGUGCCCCGCAGAGAGGAGCUGAAGCGGCUGAAGACUGAGCUGUGCAGCAAACUGGGUCUGACUGACGUCAGGUGGCAGCGCAGCUGGGGAGUUGCUCACAGAUGCUGCCAGUUGCAGAGUUUGAGUCGCCUCUCACAGCAAAAUCCUGAAUCUCUACACAAUUUGAGAGGGCACAUAUUGGUAUUCACGGACCAAUCGGGGAUGAACGCCUCUGGUCACGUGAUGCUUGGAACAAUGGAUGUCCACCACCAGUGGGCAAAACUCUUCGGGCGGUUGCCUAGUUACCGUGCCCUGCUGCAGCAGACAGAGUGGCUAAAGGAGAGAAUCAGCCUGCUGCUCGGGGGGAUCCAGGUGAUUCACAUCGAGAGGCGGGGCCCCCUACUGACCCUAGAGGAGCACUACAGCUCCCUGAAUGCCUUUCAUAAGCGACUCCUGCCCCGACGGCCUGCUCUUCACCCGCGCAGCCUGCAGGACCUGGCUAUGACCCUGGAGAGUGGCCGCUCGAGCACCGUCCUGCAUGAGCUGGGGCACUUCAUUGUCCCCUCGGCCUGUGAAACCCACCAGCUGCCAACUGUCCUGCAAAGCCAAGCUCAGGAGGCCCGCAGACGCGUCAAGCAACAUGAAAAGCUGGAGAUGGAGGAGCAGGAGCUGGUGCGGUGCUGUAAGGUGGAGCUCUCCCUGAGCAGGCUGCAGAAGGAGGCCAGCGUGUCCAGCCCACAGAUGAUGGCGUGCUGCAGGCAUCUGCUGGAGGAGCGCCCGGUGCAGCUGCAGGGCCUGCGCCUGUGCGUCUCCCACUUCUACUCCGUGCAGCAGGACGGCGACCUCUGCAUCCCCUGGGACUGGAAGGGGUGAGCCCCACGGCGUCCUGCUGGCACGGGACUGCCUGCAACCGAUGGGCGUGUGUGCAGGGCUCUGUCGAAACAACAAGCACUUUAUCCCGACACCACAGAGACCAUCACUGGAGCUGCAGUAUUAUCAGUAUGACAAGCCUGAUAGGAGUCACAAAGGCACUUUCUACAUUUGGCGGACUUUCUGUUGUUGAGGGCAGAAUAGAAUAUUUGUGGUAAAACGGAAUGUACCGAAGUACAUUACUUUCAAUUGAAAUCUGAUGAUAGGUAAGGGGUACAGAGAAUGAAUUUAAACCUUCAUCCUCAGAGACAGUGGACAUAAGAACAUCCAUAUUAACUAUGUUCUGUUCUAUACACCAUUGCUGGCUCUUGUCAAACAACCUAUUGAUAAGAAGCUCUGUCAUAGUUUUUUCAGCCUUUUUCUCCAGAGCUCGUUAUUUGCUUGUCACGGUAAUUUGGCUGUGUAGUGGCAGGUAUGCAAGUGUGUCUGGUUCAACAGCAACACAGCUAAACUUCCUGUAUUGUCUGCAUACAUUUUGGUAAUGUUGUUUUUCACAACAGAGCUGUGAGACUGCGAGAGUGUUGCAGUUUUAUUUUACACUCGAUCAACUGCUCAUCUUCAGCCUCAGGUUUUUCUAAAAUGUUCCUAUUGCUACAGUGUAGUGUCACUCACAAAAAUCACAAGCUAGAAUUUUUAUGCUUCCACCAGAUGGAGCACUUCUAUGUAAAUCAACCCCGAGAUGUGGAGUUGGUCUCACAUCCAGUAAUAGUUCAGAAUGUGGUCUUUCCAAGGGUAUCACUCUUGACUGGAUGCAUUUAUGUGAUGCAUUUAUGUCAUAUAUGUCAGCAGUAAUAAGGUGUUUUAUUACAGCUGGUUGAGAAGGCACCUGUGUAAUCUGAGAUUAAAUUUGUUGCAGUGUUGCUUGAUGUUAAAUGUCAGUCAUGUUACUUUUAUCUUUAAUAGGCCAGUAUUAAAAUAUUAUUCAGAACAAGGAUAUAAAUAUGCCACUUUCUUUAAAAAAAAAAAGAAAAGAAAAAAAGAACACCAUUGCAGAAUGGAAAUAACUUCUUAAUUCCAUUUAAUCUAACAUGAAACAUUCAACUAAUAUUCAGGGUCAAUAUAACACAAGCUCAAAAAGAGAUAUUGGGAACUGAGGCUCAGAGGGUAUGAUGAGUGUAUGAUUUUGAACAUGAAAGUGCUUGCUCCACUACUGGAAGGCUGGAAAUGGAUAUAUGCCCAGCAGUUACACUGAAUACUGGGGAGAACAGUUUGAAUGGUCCAGAAUGUGCUAGAAGCAGUCGCUGAAAGUGAAAAAUUGAUGGAACAUUGAAACGUUUGUUGUCAAUUUUUUCUUUUCCUGUCCAUUUGCUGUUGGUUGUUCUGCCUCAGUGUGGACUGUAGUUGUGAAAUCAUCCAUUCAAUGUGGGAUCACCAUAAGGAGCUGCAGAUCAGGAAUUUUUACAGUGAAGGCCAUGGAAUUAAGAAAGAUGGUUUAAAUCCUAUUUUGGAAAAAGUAAUGGUACGGUAAAAUGGUAAAAUAAGCUUAAAGAUAUAAUUUUUUACAGCUUAGAUGUUUUUGAAAAAUAGGGGGUGGGGGACAGUUUAUUGAACACUAUUUGAGAUGCUGUUAUAAGAAAUGAAUGAGAAAAGGGAGAGAAUGAGAGAACGAAUGAUAAAUUAAAGAAAUGAGAAAAUGUAUUAAUAGUGAAUUGAUACUGGCCUGUACAGAAAAUAGCAGUUACUGUGAUACUGUUUUAAUGUAAUAUUUAAUGUAAUGUAUUAACAAAUAUUGUGUUUAAAGAAUAAAACAUUGAAAUUGA